CUGGUACAAGUGGUGUUCCUUCUCUUGCAGCUGUGGUUGGCCUGCUGUACCCCUGCAUCGACAGCCACCUCGGGGAGCCCCACAAGUUCAAGCGGGAGUGGGCCAGCGUCAUGCGCUGCAUUGCCGUCUUCGUGGGCAUCAACCACGCCAGUGCUAAACUAGACUUUGCAAACAACAUCCAGCUGUCCCUGACUCUGGCAGCCUUGUCACUGGGGCUUUGGUGGACAUUUGAUCGUUCAAGAAGUGGUCUCGGACUUGGAAUAACAAUAGCCUUUGUAGCAACACUGAUAACCCAGUUUCUUGUAUAUAAUGGUGUUUAUCAGUAUACAUCCCCAGAUUUCCUUUACAUUCGUUCUUGGCUUCCAUGUAUAUUUUUCUCAGGAGGUGUGACUGUAGGAAACAUAGGACGCCAGCUGGCUAUGGGUAUUCCAGAGAAACCACACAAUGACUAAGCCUUUGAAGAAGAACACCUGGUGCCAGUGUGAAAGCAACUUUAUGAAGAUGUGUUCCUUUUAAAAACUGAAGAUUAUUUAGAAGAAAUAAUCUCUUUAUGGGCUCACUGCACAAAUGACUUGUGGGGAAAAAAAUUUAUCCACUCUUAGAAUAGCCAAGUGAAAUUAACUGCUUAUCUUGAAAUCUUACCCUGAUUUACCACAUAAGCAUUUGCAUAUGGCUGUUCUCUGGAAGA